AUGGCUUACAGUCAGCUCUCAAAUGAUUCGUGGCAGAACAGCUCAGCGCUUCUGUUCACUGGCCUGGACCUCCUCUUGGAGCUGAAACCGCUCUUCAUCCCCCUCUAUGCCACCCUGGUGACAGUGGCGUGUGUAGGGAACCUCUUCCUCAUCCUUCUCAUUGCUCUCACCAAGAAGCUGCACUGCACCACUAAUUUCCUGAUAGGGAACCUGGCUGUGGCUGACUUCAUCAUGUGCCUCGCCUGCGUCCCACUGACCGUGUCCUAUGCCUUCGAGAUCCGGGGCUGGCUCUUUGGGAUGUUCAUGUGCUACUUUGUCACCUUGAUGCAGGCUGCCACGGUGUUUGUGUCAGUGCUGUCUCUCACUGCUAUCGCAGUGGACCGGUAUGUUGUUGUUGCUUACCCCAUUCGCAGAAGGAUAAGCCGCAAGUCCUGCGUCUGCAUCGUUGCCUUCAUUUGGUUACUCUCUAUUGUGGCCUCCGUUCCCACUUCGCUGCACACCCACUACCUGGAUCUCAACAAGAUUGGCCAUGACAUGAUCAUCUGCGAAGAGUUCUGGAAGCACGAAGAGAGAGAGAGGCUGCUGUACUCGUGCUUGAUGCUCCUCUUGUCCUACAUGCUCCCACUUUUGGCAGUAUCGAUCUCUUUCUGUGCCAUUUCCUACCACCUCCGGAAGAGAAAUAUCCCAGGUGCUGCCUACCCCUGCCAAGACAAAUGGACCAAAACGAAGCAGAAGACCUUCCGGGUGCUCACCGUAUCAGUGGUGUGCUUUGCUAUCUGCUGGCUGCCUCUCCAGGUGGUAAACUUCAUCAGAGACAUUGAUGAGGAAUUCACCAUCCUGGACAAGAGGUACGUGAACGUCAUCCAAGUCUCGUGUCACUUCAUUGCCAUGAGCUCUGCCUGCUACAACCCUUUCAUCUACGCUUCCCUCCACGAGAAAUUCCGAUUCCACCUUAGCAACUACUUUUACCGCAAGAAGAAGAGCUCCAGCAUUAUGUCUUGCAAGGCAUCUCGACUCAAUACCUGCUCCACCCUGGCAGAUGCUCCUACAGGGUUCUCAGAUAAGAUAGCUUUGCAAACUAGACUCUCUUAA